AUGUUGACCGAUGUUUCAUUCAACCGUCCACGAGAAGUGGAAAUGCUGAUUGGUGCCGAACAUUUCUUCAACAUUCUGAAGCAAGGCCAAAUCAAACUUGCCGACUACCUGCCUACCUUGUAUGAAACGCAGUUCGGAUGGGUCGUGGUUGGCUUGUACGAGGAAACGCAAGAAGAUUCUCCAGUAUGUGUCAACCUUGCUGUGACCGAUGGAUUGGAAGAAUGCUUGCAGCGGUUUUUCGACCAAGAGGAAAUCGCUGAACCAGCAAUGAUGACGAGUGAAGAAGAACGCUUCGAAGAACAUUUCAAACGGACUUAUCGUCGUAAUGAUGAUGGACAAUUCGUUGUCCGGCUACAAUUCCGUGAAUCAGUGGACCAGUUGAAAAGUUCCAGAUCCCUGGCGUUGAAACAAUUCCUGUUGUUGGAGAAAAGAUUGGCACGAGAUCCUGACCUGAAGGCUCAGUAUGCGGAGUUCAUCGACGAAUACCAAUCGUUGGGUCACUGCCGUGAAGUGAGGGAGGAAGAAGAUCCUCCUGGCCUACAGUCGUACUAUCUGCCGCAUCACUGUGUCUUCAAGCCAUCCAGUAGCAGCACAAGAUUUCGUGUUGUGUUUGACGCAACAGCCAAAGCGAGUGAACUGUCCCAGAAUGACGUACUAAUGACUGGAACCAGCAGCCAAAGUGACCUGUUCAGCAUCGUACUACGUUUCCGAACCCAUACCUACGUGUUCACCGUACACAGAUAA